UCCCUAUAAAGUAGAAGUAGAGGUGAGCAGUAACGUGGGGUAACAAGCUCUAACUACCUCAGGUCUAAAGAGGUGUUUCGUGCAUCAUUUAACACUUCCGUUCAGUAAAAUUUGAGUCGAACUUGUUGAAGAUUAAUUUAAGGAUAUGUUCUAAUUAUUCAUAGUGUAUAUUUCACGUUGGUAGAGGUGUUUGAAGAGUGUUCCCGCCAAGACGUCCUAUAACUGACCACAUCAAUUAUCUUUUAUACCUGACCACAUCAAUUACCUUUUAUCAACACUGAAUGGAAGAAAAUCAGCCAUGGAGAAUGCAUCCUGCUCAGGGGAUGUAGGUGUCAACCUUUAUUUUAUUCUCCCAUCUGGGUUGACUGAAGAAACAUGUUCUUCAAGUUUAAUAUGUGCUUUUCAGGAAUGCCAUGAGAAUAAUCUAAACCCUGAAUGGAUAACAACAGAUGAUUGCCUCAAAAUUACUCCUAUCAAGAAGGAUGUGUUUAUAAUUGAUCCUUUUGAAGGAGAGGCUUUCAAUUACCUUACAAGUGGCUUCAAGUGUGUCAGAGUAUUGGGACCUCGAUGUAUCCUCUCAUCUCUACACCGCAAGGAGUCUAUUCCAGAGCUCCCUUCACCCAUACACAAUACUGCCAUGAAGGAUCUUGUGAUCACUGCAACUGGUUUUGAAAAAGAAACUAAAACAGAACUCCAGAUGCUGGUGGAAAGGAUGGCAGGAAUCUACUCCAACAUUUUUCAUGAAGGUGUGACUCAUCUAGUAGCUAACGCUGUGGGAAGCAAAAAAUAUUGUGUAGCAGUACAAAAAGAAAUUCCUGUCAUGACUGGUGAAUGGGUAAAAGCAGUAUGGAAGGCUGUCCACUUGGAUUUUCAAGAAGACAUUUCAGCCACAGACCAACAGUUCUUAUCCUAUGUUUGUCCAGUAUUUAAAGGCUUGGUUAUAAGUGUCUCACAACUGCAACGCAAACAGAAGGAGGCCAUUAGAAAGAUAAUUGAAGAAAAUGGUGGCACAUACUCUCCUCUUCUGGAAAUGUCUGUUACCUCAGUACUCAUCAUACCCACACCAGAGGGAGAUAAAUACUCUCAUGCUCGUAACUGGCGUAUCCAGUGUCUUACACCUGAUUGGAUAUAUGACUCUGUGGAACAAGGCUCUGCUCUUGACAUGGUGGGUUAUACAGUUAUAAAGCGUGGAGCCUCUACUCCAACUCAUGAUGCCACCACAAGUAUGCCUCCAGAUAUCUCCAUGUGUAGUACCAUCAUGAAUGAGACCUGUCUGUCAAAAACAAUGCAGGUCAAUGAGACAGUACAGAUGAAUGAGACAUUGGUUCAGAUGAAGGCGUUCAUUCCCGAUAAUAAAGGGAGCCGUGGACUGGAGGCAGUAGAAAGUCUAGAUUUGCAACAAGCAUUGAAAGCCGGUCUCUUCUUGGAUGGAUGUAAGAUUUUCUUGUCUGGGUUUGGCACAUCACAUAUGGAAAAACUACGUCGAGUUCUCAAUACUGGAGGAGCCACUCGCUUUAAUCAUCUGACUGAGUCUGUAUCUCAUAUUGUUAUAGGGAAAACUUGUGAAGAGGUUUUGAAUAUUAUCCAGACAUGGGCAUCCAAACCACAUGUCAUUUAUGCUGAUUGGAUUAUAGAGAGUAUCAAGCUUAAGCGACCAGCUGAUGAAGCUCCAUUUGCUUACUUGGUUGAUGGUGAAAGCUGUGCUUCUCCACAUAUAGCGGUUAAGAUUACAAGACACUCCUCAGAUUCUCUGCCAAACAUUGAUAAUGAAACUUAUGUGGAUGAAGAAAUACUUCAUCAGUAUUUAAAGACGUCAAAAACUAAUGAUGCAGGAAAUGUUAGUAUGAGUGAUACAGCGAAUAUAUCGUCUGUCCAAAGUUCUCAAGCAUCUGUUCUGCCUGGCAUCUUCUCUGGAAAGGUGUUCACUGUGUCUGGUUUUGAUGAGGAAACAGCAGAGGACAUAGCCUUAACACUCCAAGAUCAUGGCGGAGUAGUUGUGUGUCUAAGUCAUCGUGGUAGAGUGCAUUACUCCCUGCUAAACAUUGAUGGAACUGGAAGUGUCCAUUAUAAAGCAAAAGAGAUAAUAUCAAUUUUUUUCAUUGAGGACUGUAUUGAACAGAAGAAAUUAAUACCGGUGGAUUAUUUUCACAUGCCAAUACAUCUUCCAGAAGAUUUGAAUAUUUUAGCAGAUUGUAAUGUUACCAUCUCUACCUACAAAGGAAAUGAGAGAUAUUUUCUUGAAAAUAUUGCAACUGCUCUGGGUGCAGGAUUUCAAGAAGUCUUUGUAAGAAGAGAUAUUGCAGCAAAAAACGCCAGAGCUGCCACGCACCUAAUAUGUCCAGUAGCUGAAGGUGACAAGUAUAAUGCUGCUGUAAGAUGGGGUGUGCCGGCUGUGACAAGUGAUUGGUUACUCCAAUGUGUCAAGAGUAAGAAAAGGGAGUCAGAAGACUUAUUUAAGGUUUCCAACAAAAAUCAACCAGAACUGGAUAAGAAAGCACUUAUUAAAGUUCUACUUGAAGUAUCAGGUGAUGGGAGUGAGAAAGUUCGCCGAACAGCCACUGAUGAGGAGAUGGAAAUUGCAGCAACGCCCAUGAAUAAAAAGGUUAGAGCUCUCCGGGAACAAUGCUCCCUGUCUCCCUCAAAAAUAAAGACUCCGGAUCCUGAAACUUUCAGAAAACUUUAUCCAACACCUGGUGUGUCCAAACCUCAUGAUAGUCUCUCUGAGAUGCCAACUCCAGACACCCCUUAUGGAAGUACAUGGUACCCUAACCCUUCGUCCCGAAUAAGAAAAGGAUUUAAGCGCCUCAUAGAGUCUAUGCCCGAUCCAGCACCAGCAAAGCGAAAAGUUCCACCAGGAACUCCUUUAGAAGUGUAUUAUAAAAGGUUCUUUAAUGAUAUAAAAGAUACUGUGCAAAAUUAUAAACCAAAAGUUCCUGUUUGGUUAAAAAAAGGUGAUGAUAACAAUAAGAGAGAUAAAGAGUUGGAAGGUGAGAGUAAGAGAGCAGAUGAUCACAGUCCCUUGGCUGGUGUGAUUGUAUGCACGGCCAGGAAGUUGCAAGAUCAACAAAGUGAUUUGUAUGAGGCUGUGGAAAAACUAGGAGGAGACUAUCGCUGGGCCUAUGACCAUACAGUCACACACUUUAUAUUUCAGGGGCGAAGCAAUGACACUAAUAAAGACUUCAGACUAGCCCGAGACCAAGAUAAGUUGAUUGUUUCUCCUGAUUGGGUGUGGAUGUGUCGUGAUGAGAAAACAAGAAUAGACGAAGUGCUGUUUCCCCACACUCAUAAUCCAAAAAUGUCCCUCUCAAUUGUUAGCUCCAAGACAACACCAACCACAAAGAGGGGCCGACCAAAAAAGAAAAAUGUAUUGGAGGCAACUCCUGAUAAAAGAGAGAGAGCACUUGAAGAAACAGAGGAACCAGGACAAAAUAAAGACAGUGGCAGUGAUUGUGAAGAAAAUAUGGAGGACGAGGAUCGGAUAAAGGCUGCACUAUCAAAACAGUUAGAAGAAAUUGAGGCCCUAGUAACUGGCACAGGAUCAGAGCGAAGGAAUUCAGGAGUAAUCAGAAAAAGAUCUUUCGGUGAGAAAUUAAAACACACACCAACCAGACCUAUGGAUGUUGAAACGCAACAUGUCACCGUGGAUGUUGUUGAAUCCCAGAGUACUGCUAUCACUUGGGAGGAUCCUCAAGAACUUGUGGCAAGAUUAAAGCUACAAAACCAACUCACAAAAGAUACACAGGAGAUCAUAAACCACAAUCGUCAGUGUCCACCGGAGGAAGAGUCUGAGAAUGACAAAGAGAAUACACCAGAGGAACAAGAUUAUUCAAUGGUAUAUGAAGAUGGUGAAUCUUCAAUGAAGACCACCGACCAGUCAAACAUGGCAACAUCUCGGUAUAUUAUCACGUUACUUGGUAUGGUAGGAGAGGAAUUCACAAAAUACCAGAAGAUUGUUGAGGAAUUAGGAGGAACAAUUAGUUUAGAACAACACUAUGAUCCUCACUGUACUCAUAUUGUCACCUGCAAACUGCAUCGUUCAGGAAGACACUUGGGAGCAAUAGCUUCUGGGAAGUGGUUGUUACAUCAAUCCUUCUUAGAAGAUUCUUUAAAAAUGGGGUACUUUGUUGAGGAAGAGCCAUACGAGUGGGGUAACCCUACGCGCUUAGCAGAAACUACACCUGAAAGUUUGGAAUCAAUACUGGCUGCUGCUGCCCGAAGGUGGCGGAUGAAAAUCCAUGAUGAAGCCAAUGAGGAGACAGUAAAGGGAGCGUUUCAAGGCAUGAGGGCUUUAAUUCACUCGAGUAAAGACCGAAUUGCAUCCUUUACUCGACUUAUUGAAGCAGGUGGUGGAAAGGUUAUCAGAGCCAGACCUCCAUACAAAGAAGUUGAAAAUGUUACUCAUUUCUUCAUUGAAAUUAACAAACUCCCAGAGAAGAUUGAUCUUGCAAGAUUUGCUUCGCUACAAAUACCUUGCCUCCCUCCAGUCUUCCUUAAUGAUUAUUUGACUAUGGAUCCAUUGCCCAAUGAAAUGAAUCAUCUCAUUCCAGAAUAUAAGACAAUUCUUGCUGAUAUGAGUAGUGUUGAUACCAGUACUCUUAAAAGAGCAAGGAAGAGGUAAAGUAGUGGUGCAGGGGUGAAAAUAGAGAAGUAAAUAAAUUUGGUUAUUCCAAACGUAUAAUUAACCCUUAGCCUGUGGCAGCAGUGACUGAAGAAGCGCCAAAUUAAAAAAUGUCAUUAUAUAGAUGCCGCCGACCACUGGAGUGGAACAUAAAUAAAGUUACACCGCAUUUUGUGAAAUUUUAACUGAAUUUUGGAUUUGGGCUUUCUCAAUGACGGCUGUAUUAGGACGAAGGUAACACUUGACUCUCCAACCCAAAUGGUGUGGGUUUCCUCCUGCGACCAAGUGUGUAUGGUGCUAUUAUGAGAUUUUAUUAUACCCCAGGAUUUUAAUUUCAUUUAAUAAAUAUGAAAGAGUAAUUGAAAAAAAGUUACACUACUUAGAAGUACUGGUAUGUGUGUGUGACAGCAUUUAUGGAGGAGUCUUAGUUUCCUCUUGUUUCCAGCCACAAUUAAUGCCAAAUGUGAUACUCUACAGAUAUUCGGUGGUUGGUAACAAGAUAAUUGAGGAGCAAGGCAAUGUUUCUGUUUCUUCGCACUGACCUUCAGGAUGUUAGUGAGUACAAAGGUCAGCACUGCACUUUAAACACUGAAAAGUAUGUAUGUGGCCUUGUGAAGUUGGGUAUACAGUACAGUAUUACCAUACCAUGUAAUUUGUUUAUAAUGCCAUUUGUUAUUUGUCACUAGAGUACUGUGUAGUGUAGGCGCCCCUCUGGUUACGGAAGGGUUAUAUUUCUGAAAAGUUGUCCAUAACUUGAAUUCUGUUUUUCCAUUUCCAUUGACCUGUUAUAUAAUUGGAGAUGCAUUCCUACUUUUAUAGUGCAUAUUUAACUGGAAAAUUAUAUAUUUUUGUAAUAGAGUACAGUAUAUACUCAAAACAAAUAACUUCAGUUUUUAAUCUAGUUAGUGAAGAGAAAUAGGCUAAUUUUAAAUUUUUACAACAAAAUUUAUUUAGUUAUAUAGGUGUAGAGAGUAGCUGAGUGAGUGGUGUCUCACUAUGGAGGUGUGCAAUGACAAUGUAGUGGCACUGUCUAUAACCACAAGCUUCAUAAUAAAACACUCAUAGUCCCCAUUUAUAUUGUGUUUAUGCCUUUAUUUGAUUUAUUGUCAUAUUUCUUACAUGCAAAUAAUGAAAUAAAAUUUAAAAACAGUCUUGUCAAUACACACUUUGCACUCAUGGUUGUAAGACAUGCUACUGGUAAAUCAGGAAAAAUAGCUAAGUUUAGUAAAUCAAUAUACUGUAAUGUGCAUGUAAGGUGAAUGACAAGGGAAGCAGAACUGAAUAGUUUGGCGGGGAUAUGAAGAUACUGGUACUUUGUCUAGGACAUGUCCAGGAUCAUUUUGUCUAUUGGAAACAAUUCAAGUUGUCAAACUUUUGACAUUUUUGUGGUCAUCAUUUAGACAUGUUUUAAGGUGUUUAAAGUGCAGUAUGUACAGUUGUCUCCCUUUAUAGUGGGUACAGUAGCUGUCAUGUUUUGUGAGAUGUGGCGCCACUGUUUGUUUAAAGUGUAGUAAAACAAGCAGAAUGGCCAGGACUACCUUCACUAUAUUAACCAGACCAAUGAUAUUAAAUAAGCAGUCCCCCUGUGCCUGUGAACAUUUCCCUCAUGUUUAUUGUACGUACUCACUUACAAUAUUGUACAUAGCAGGAUAAAGAUAGAUAGUGAUUUAGUCCUUACAGUAUUUUAAUCUCUUCUGUCUCUAUACAGUAUAUUUAUUCAUCUUAUAUCAUUUCCAAUCAAUGCUCAAAAUAUAUGGAAAAUAUUUUGGGAAAGUCUAACUCAUCCACAAAUGGAACCACUACCUUGUUCCUUUUUAUUAAAAUAUGAAUGCAAAAAAUGACAUCAUUCAAGUACAUACGAGUAUAUAACAAGAAACAAUGUGGAUCUAUCAAUGUAAAUGAGGCAUAAUGGAAAAUUAUGUUAAAAAUGAGGGUGUGGUUUAUUAUUUUCUAUGCUCUGUAAUGUAACUUACACUACUAUGUUCAAUAAUGCUACAAGGCUAUGUAUGUCUUCUUUGAAAUGAGACUAAUUUUCAUUUCAGCAGUACAGUACUGUACUGUAUUAGAGUUUUUAUGUAAAUAUGUUAUCUGUUGUAUGGUACUGCAAUAAAAAUUCAUUUGUAAUCAUAACGGUUUUGGUUCAUGUCACUAACAACACUUUAGCUUUUUAUACUUCAAUUUUAAUAUCAUAUUUCCUCUGAAAAAUCCCUUCCAUCAGUAGGGAUGUCUCAUCUAGAACCUUUUUUUUUUCUAUACCACCAAUAUUCUUGUACUGUACAGUAGAAACCAUCUAUACCUGCAUUGAGGAAAUUAAGUGAUAACAUUAGGUUGCUACUAUUAAUUGGAUGAGGCUUGGUUUUAGGAUAUAUUUGCACAUAAUCAUUUAAUUAGUCUUUAGUAUUAUUGUUUUUAGCAGAAUGUUUUUCAUCAGUGAGAACAAAGAUAUACAGUAUUAGUAUAGUUGUAUUAUUUUAUAGGUUUUGUAUUGUGCUGUAUAUAAGGUCUUGUGGAAUUCAUAUUUUUGUCUGAAUAUGUAUGAUGAUGAAAAAAAUAUAGGUACAGUAUCCUGGG